AUGUCGACCUCCAUCCAAGACUGGAACUGCAGCCAGCCUGCCAAAACGGAAGAAAGACCGCCUUCUUCGUUUGGCGAACAGCUCACUCGAGUAAAAGCCCACGAUAAUGACCAUCAUGUAGCCUGGCAAAUCGAUGAAAAGGCCCCAGACGACACCGCGAUUCCUCGACAGACGCUGCAGAAGAUCUAUCUCAGUCCUCCCAUUGAUGUGCAAGGUGACUUCCGCAAUAUAUUUGCGAAUCCCACUCCCCUGGGCCUCGUGGGCUUCCUCGUGGCAACAGUGCCUGUUUCCUUCCAGCUUAUGGGCAUUCGUGGUUCUGGAGGCGGAGGUGCUGCGACAGGGCAAGAUCACUCCUUUCCAGACAUGUCUUCUUUUCAAUCGCUAACCAGGACUCUACGCAAUAGCUGUUUGUCCCUCUUCUUCGGCGGAAUGCUACAGAUCAUCGCUUGCCUCAUGGARUGGAUGCUUGGAAACACCUUCUCCUUUCUGGUCUUUGGCUCCUUCGGCGCAGCAUGGUUUGCACUCGCAUGCACCAAUUUACCAAUGUUUGGAGCGAUGACGACUUACACGGCGGGUCUGACUGAUGCCCACGCAAUCGAGGCUGCGCAAGCUGAGUUCUACUCCAGCUUUGGUAAGGUGACAUGUUGCUCCGUCUUGAUCUCGAAUCAUGCUAACGGGGAUAACUCCCAGCAUUCGGACUGCUGA